CUCUUGAAGAAAGCAUCCAGGCCCAAUCUCAGAUGCAGAUAGGAGGGAGAGUUGACGCAGGAAGGCCCAACUUAACUGCAAGGCGACCAGUCGUCAUCCAUCAGCAAAUAACUUUGUUCACGCGCCGCAAGCCCUGUCUGCUUUGUAUCCAUUGCAGCCGCAAACCCGUACAGAACUUUGCCCGAAAGCCUUGGGUCUAUCCCGCAAUCAGCGCAUAACGUUCACCCUCGAGGGGCUUUCACGCACGCGACCAACCGCCACUUGGCCCACGGCCGCCGCAUCCAUGAGGCCUUGAUACGCACCACCCGCACAAUACGCAGCGUCCUUAAGCGACUAGAAAGUCGCCCUGUUCCGUGACAAUGUUCUGCCUGCGCAGCUGGCUCCCGCUCCUAUUUAUACCUACAAAUGCCUCGCCCGCAUUCAUACUCCUCUUCUUCAUCUGCACCUACUUCCUCAACAGGCCGUGCUUUUAUUGCUCUUUCUUGCUCUUGAUCCUCUUCCUGACGUCCUGCAAUUGGAGCGACCGGUGCUUCUUCGACCUCUCCGCCAACUGGUUCCAGUCUCGCACCUCUCCAGUCGAACCAGAUACGGGUGACUUGAGCGAUGAGAUCAAGGCCGCUGUGUCUGUGGCCGCUCAUGUCGUGAACACCACAGCUGAGGCAUUGGUGACGGCAACAGCAGAACACAUUGCAAAGGAGCGCGCCGAGUGGACCGGUCUCGGCAUGGAAUGGCUUAGGGGUCUCUUGGGCAAGAGGGAAUGGCGUAUAGAGUGUCUCGAUGUCUACGUACGGUUAUAAUGGGUUUUUUCUAUUCUCUUUUUGCGGUAGAAGAAUAUAUAACGUCUUGCUCGGCCUCUGCACCCUGAGCAGUAUCUUGAAUGGGGUGCUUAUUGAUCAGAGUCUGCGCGGCUGUGUACCGGUUGCAUAUAUCAUGGCGAUGAUGACUAUUAAGGCUUCCGGGAAGAUGUUUUGGACGAUUAGGUAUCUUAUUCAGCCCGGCUUCGGUGCUAGUGGACAUGAAAACCACUAUUAUAGAGUACCAAUAGAGAACAUGAAUAUAAUCUAUUCUCUUU